CUUGACCCAGACAAUCAAACCUUUGCUCUAACUACUGGCGAUUAUAAAAGCCUUUCGUGACUGGUGUGUAGAUAGGCAGAUCUAGAGUUCAUAGACUAGAUUGUAUCCUUGGUAACAGACUGCAGACUUUAUUCUCAGCAGACUUUACUCUCAAGAUGUCUCAGAUGAUGACAUGUUUGCUGUUGAUUGUGGGAGUGAUCAAACUUGCGGCCAGUGCCAGACUUGCCGUGUCCGGCAACCACUUCACGUUCAACGGUCAAAGAGUUUUUCUCUCCGGUGGUAAUCUCCCCUGGAUAGCGUACGCCCACGACUUUGGUGACCAUCAAUGGGCGAGCCGUAGGUCCCAGUUCGACUCACAGAUGAGACAGUUAAAGGCUGCGGGAGGCAACUCACUCAGAUUAUGGGUACAUAUUCAGGGAGAAACAACUCCUGCGUUUGACGGUAACGGCUAUGUUACGGCCCCUGAUCAUCAGGGAACGUUCAUCAAUGAUUUCCAUGACAUGCUCAACUUAGCACAGAGCCAUGACCUACUUGUGUUCCCCACCCUCUGGAAUGCCGCCGUCGACCAAGACAACAGUCACCGUCUAGACGGCCUCAUCGUGGACAGCCGGAAGUUACAGAGCUACAUCGACAAGGUGUUAACUCCCCUGGCCACAGCGGUCAAAGGUCAUCCCGCCCUGGGAGCCUGGGAUAUCAUGAACGAGCCAGAAGGGAUGAUUAACCCGGAAGUGAGUAACUCUGAUCACUGUUUUGAUUCAACGGCUCUAAGAAACAGUGGUGCUGGAUGGGCGGGUCGCAAAUACAACUACCAUGAUAUGAUUAGGUUCAUCAACUGGCAGGCGGCGGCCAUCAAAAACGUGGACUCUGGUUUCCUGGUGACGGUCGGUUCCUGGAACCCCAAGUCUAACACGGACAGGAUGGGCUUUGUUGACCACUACAGUGACGCCUGUCUGGUCAAGGGAGGAAAGGGCAACGGAAAGGUUGACUUUUACCAGUUUCACAGUUAUUCCUACAAUGGCCAGUUCGACAGUAUUGCCCCCUUUAAGCAUUCAGCGGGUGACUAUGGAACCGGAAAACCAAUCGUUGUGGGAGAGUUCUGGGAACAAGAUGGCGGCGGCAUGAAUAUUAAUCAGCUGUUUGAUUACGUGUACAACCACGGGUACGCCGGGGCCUGGAGCUGGGACCUUGUGGCCCACGGGGCCAACCAGAGGGGCGGCAUCAGCCACAUCAAAGGCUACACCAACAACGGCGUCAUACCAAUCAACGUCUAGCGCUUGUUUGAUAAUCAAUUUCGGCUAUUUUCAAAAAUGAAAUAAAUAUUUAUUUUUAAAAGAA